AUGAACUUCCAAUUAUCUUUAACUAUUGUUUCUUUAUUUCAAUUAUUUAUCACUUUGACUUCUGCCGCAGAAGUCCGUUUUUUUACAUCCGAUGGUGUAGUAUACAGUUAUGCUGUCAUCACUAGUACAAUUAGACCUGCCACCGUCUAUUUAGAAACUAUCUAUUAUACAACUACUCGUGUUAGAGAAGUUACCUUAAGUAACAAUGUCAUUACCUCUGUUACUGAAGAAGUUACUCAAACUUCUACUACUUCUUCUACUAGUACUUUGGAUCAAGUUACAGCUACUGCUCCCUUGAUUACUGCCAACUCAGGUUUAACUACAACUUUGUCCCCUAUUUCUACUCCUGUCUCUACAACUUCUACUUCUACCACUCCUGUUUCUACCACUACUUCUAUUACUUCUACCUCUACCAUUCCUUCUAGUUCUUUUGCCAGCACUUCUAAUGUUCCAACCCAACAACAAUCGUCAAGCGAAGUUGCUACCUCUACAAGUCCAGCUUCUAGUUUUACUUUAGUCGAACCACAAGUCACAUCCUCAGCUAUUGAAACUGUUGAUGCUACCUCAUCUACUUCUGCAUCUUCAACUAUAACAGCAACUCCAGUCCCAUCUUCUGUUUCUAUUUCUACCACCUCCUCUUCUUCAUCUCAAGAAACUAACUCAGCUUAUACUACUGAAUGGGAUGAUGGUGAAUGUUAUAUAUUCUAUGACUCUGAUUACUAUAGUACUUACUAUAUAACUGGUUCCGAAUCUGUUGAUGCUUCUACUACUUUAACAAGUACCAGAACAGUAUACGCUACUGUUACCGUUUAA